UGUCAUACAUAUACCUGUUGUGGAGACAUCAAAGCAUUGUCCGUUCCUUGUUUCGAGGUUCCAAAAGGAUUGACCAUGGCUGAAGGAGGAGGAGGAAACGAUAAUCCAUUAACCUUCGACAAUGUUACCGAAGAAACAACGGAAAUGGGAUCCGAUUUCUUGAUACAUGAAAACCCCAAUGAAAAUCCCACGGUCGGAAUGGCUCUACUAAAAGAUGGUGUUCUUAGCUUCCUAGAAGACUUAGACAAAACAAAGGACUUUUUAUCAUGUAUAAACUGCCAACAAGAGUUUGACAACAGUAGACAAAGUCCUCUUUUAUUGCCGUGCUUGACUGCCAUCUGUAAAAAGUGUGUACUUGUUCUAUUAGCAUCAAAGAACACCUCCAUUGAAUGUCCAUACUGCAAGUGUUCCCAUGCUUGUGCUGAGAAUGGAAGCAUCACAUUACCCCGAGACACUAUAAGAGAAGGCGUCUUGGGAAUUUUUCAUGUGAUGAAAGGAGAAUCCGACCUGAGAUGUGAAAUGUGUACAGGUGCACAGCGAGCAUCGCAUCGUUGUUUUGACUGCUCUCUCUUUAUUUGCGAAGAAUGUACUAAACUACACUCUAGUUUGAGAACUUUUAUGAACCAUUCCUAUGUAGAAAUAAGAAGUCUCCUAACUAGAAACAAGGACAGUCUUAAGUUGUUUUCUCCCACUCUGUACUGCUCUAUUCCUGGCCACGAACAAAAAAUAUUAGAAAUAUUUUGUUCGUCAGAGUCGUGCAAGAGAUUAAUUUGUUUACUGUGUGCUGUAAACGCCCACAAAACGCAUGAUUUAUGUGAAAUACCUCAAGUUUUGAGCGAGAAGAAUAAAGCUUUAAGAGAGUUGAAGAUUAGUUUGAAAACUAGAAAUGAAAAUUUAUUCAAGUCCUUAAAAGAGCUCGAGGAAAAAAGAAAUGCAAGUUACACAGAGCCUGCUCAAAUAGAAAAAGAAAUAAAAUUGUGUUUCAGUAAAGCGAAGUUGGUUUUAGAGAAAAGGGAGAAGGAACUCUGUGAUGUUUUAAAAAAGAAACAAAAUGAAAGGGAGGCUGCCUUUGAGUUAGGGAAAUGUCGGCUAAGUAACAUUGUUGAUUCUCGUUUGCAAGCCUUACAUUAUGUUGAUGCAUCAAAUGCUCUUCAGUGUCCCUCUUCGUUUAUAAAUAUUUCUAUGUAUAUGGAAUCACGUCUGAAAAGUCUAGAAUCUGAAUUACCGAGAGGAAAUUCUCAGAGCUUUGAAAAGAUUAAUUUCAUUCAUAAAGAACUAGAUUUAUUGAUUGAUGGUGCAAAAAGAAUUGGAGAGAUUGUUACAACCAAGGCAAGUUCUUCCAAGACCGAAGCAUUUGCAAGUCCAUCGACUUGUGCUGUUGGUUCAGAAAUAGUAUUUACAGUUAAACUGAAGACAUCAUCUGGAGAGCUCAUAAAUGAUGAAAGCGUUCAAGUGUGCAUAUGCCGCAAUGGAAAACCUUUUAAAUUUAUUCCUUGCUUCUAUGAAAAAACCAGCAGUUACAUUGGAAAUUGGGUACCUGACAAAGCAAUGAAAUCCACAUGGUAUAUUCUUACUAACGGCAUUAAAUUAGACCUACCAAGAGAUGGCACCUUGCAUGUCAUUGACAACUGUAUCAUAGAAAAAGACGUGUCCAAGCUUGACAGCGUAAAAGCGUUGCCAGAGAAGAUGCCAAAACAAAGUGAACAAAGAAAUAAGCGCUUUGAAAGUAAUGAGACUGAAUCAGAUACUAGUAUGUCCCUUUCUACAGUUUCUAGUGAAACAUUUGAAGUGAAAGUAACGGAUGAAUUUAUCGUUAAAAUAUAUCAGGGCAGUAUUACUAAACUCAGAGUUGAUUGUAUUGUCAAUGGUGCGAAUGAUAAGCUUAUGCAUGGAGGUGGAGUAGCACUUGCAAUAGCAGAGGCAGCAGGAUAUGAAUUCGAUAGAGAGAGUGUGGAGUAUAUCAGACAGCAUGGUCCAAUACCCAUUGGGAAGUGUUGUGUGACAUCUGCUGGCAAACUCCACUACAAGUGUGUAAUUCAUACUGUAGGUCCUAGAUGGCAUGACUAUAACAAUGAUGGAAAGAAAUACUGUUUUGAUGACUUGCAAGAAGCUGUUGAAGUUACAUUCAGAGAAGCAGAAAGAUUGAAAAUGACCUCAAUAGCUAUUCCAGCCAUUAGUUCGG